UCAAAGGCAAGCCAAAAAUUUUUAGUGGCUCUCCGGAGAAGCUUGAGAUGGCAAUCCUUAUUCCGGCGAGUUUCGAGCGAUUAACCGUUCCGUCGCGUGCGCAAGUUAGACUGAGAGUCUCUGCUUCUGCUAAUUCACGCACUUUGCGUCGCGAUUCUGUCGACUGGGUCAAGGAAACUUCGAGCUUUUUCGAAGAAGACAAGAGGCCGAUCAUGUUGUUCGACGGUGUCUGCAAUCUCUGUAAUGGAGGUGUGAAGUUUGUCCGAGACCAUGAUAAAAACAGGAGCAUAAGGUUUGAAGCAUUACAGAGCGAAGAGGGCAAGAAACUGUUAAUGCGAUCAGGAAGAGCUCCUGAUGAUAUAUCGAGUGUCGUACUUGUGGAGAAGGAUAGGUCUUACAUCAAAUCAGAAGCGGUUUUGAAGAUCAUGAAAUACAUUGACUUGCCAUUUCCACAAAUUGCGUUCUUUUUGCAGUUUGCGCCUCUGUUUGUGAGGGAUUUUGUGUAUGAAAAUGUUGCAAACAACCGUUAUGCAAUGUUUGGUCGGUCUGAUUCAUGUGAGAUCUAAGAAUACAUCGUUGAUUGUGAUGCUACUUUUGCCACCAAAAAAAAAAAUCUAGAUAUGAGAAAAAUGUUUCCUACAGAUUAAUGUAUAUGCUUUUAUACAGAUGUAUAGUUACAACAGCCUUUGAACAACUGAUACAUGUGUAAUACUUUUUCGAAUCAUGUGCGCUCCGAUGAUGGUAUUUGUAUCCAAUAUGGAAAAAUGUUGGGAUCGUGUGAAAGUAGUCUUUUACAGAGAAUGUGUCAGUGGUGCAUGCUGCUAAUUGAAA